AUGUCUGAACAAGGGCAUUCAACCCUACAACAGCCUCUAGAGAAGACCGUGCCUUUAGCCGAUGAACAAUCGCGAGGCCCUGUUUUGAGUACAAGAGAGCCAGACCGCAUGGUAUACAAGGAUGAUGAUGGAGUCGAACACGCCAUCCGCAUCCGCUUGGGCCAGUUCCAGAUAGCUUGUCAACAUUACAUCAAUGAGGAUUGGGAUGCUCUCGGGAAGUUUCCUCAACGGACUGAGACGUCAGAGCAAUCUUAA